CUGAGGGCCCACUAAAGCAGCGGGGCUGCCCAACCCAUGCCAGUGCUAAGAAUUGGCCUGCGCGUGUUCGAAGCUUGUUUUCCUCGAAACAUGGAGUGCGCUUCACGUCAGGGGUGCGGAGUAGUCGUUAGCCACAACUCACACCCAAACACGCGCACACACACACGCACUGCAACUGCAGCUGCAAGUUGGGAAACGGGCGGUAUCCGUGUGCCAUCCCGACAUCUCUAUUCCGACAGAGCGCUGUUCAUGGAGCACCAUCCUAGUUGAUCCAUGGCCCCUCCCUCGGGUCUCCAUCAAUCGGCCAUCCCCUCCGAUUCCGAGACGCCGUUCCCGCCGCUGGUCCGAUCGUCGACCGUGCCCGCCGGUCUCAGGUCACGCCGCGCCGACCCGUCGCAUCUGUCGCCCGAAGACGCCUACGCACCCUUCUCCCCGCCGCACCGCCUCGCGAGUCUCGACAGAGGGGUGAAUGCCUCCGGUGCAGAGUCACGCCGAGGCCGCAUUAGGCACAAGGAUCCCAAUCGAAGCCGGAGCAGGCGCCGGAAGCGCUUCCAGAAGCUGCUCUGGGUGAAGCAGUCAUACCCGGACAACUACACCGACCAAGCAACCUUUCUCGAAAACCUCCAGCGCAAUCCCCGCGUCCGGCCAUACGACUUCUGGCCUCUAGUAGCCGACUCGACCGUCAUCGUGCAGCACGUCUGCUCCGUCAUAAUUUUCGUAGUAUGCUUCGUGGGCAUAUUCCAAGAGCGCGUCAGCCCUGUUUCGGUGGUCGGAUGGAGCAGCUUUGCGACAUUCCUCGGCUGGUUGCUGUGGGACUGGUGGGUCACCAAGGAGUCGACAAGCGGCCUAGGCGAUGAGGAUGCCAGGGCGCGCAUGAUGCGGGAUGGACGAGCGUACAGGGAAGACCGCUCGCCGCGGCCGCAGGACUCGUCCGGCCUCGACCAGCCGGUGCCCAACCCCAACACUGCGAGCAACUCGAGCGUCUCGAACCUCCCAUCCGCGGCGAGUUCGACCUCAAACCUCCUCCAAGACCACUCACACCACCAACAACCACAACAACCACAACGACCCUCCCUCUCGGUGAGUGGCGCUAGCGGCGGCAGCAACAGCAACAGCAGCAACAGCGGCAGCAGCAGCAGCAGUAACAGCGGCCUCCUCAUCCCGGGCCAUCCCCACUCGCGCUCCGUCAGCUCCGUCGCCUCCCAGGCCAGCGCCGCGACCACCGCCGCCGCUCGCCUCGGCCCCGAUGGCCCGGAUAACCACAGCCAUGCCGGCGAUCCGGCUCCAUCUCCUCCCCUGGCCCGCAAUGGCCGCGCCUACGUCCGCCUCGGCACCAUCAAGUCGGCCAUCCUCAUCUACUUCACCCUCCUGGGCCUCUCCCCCAUCCUCAAGUCCCUCACCCGCUCGACCUCCUCCGACAGCAUCUGGGCCAUGUCCUUCUGGCUGCUCGCCAUCAACGUCUUCUUCUUCGACUACUCGGGCAGCAGCUGGGCCGCCGGCGGCGUGGUUGCCGGGACGCACGGCGGCGGCGGGAGGAGCGGCAGCAGCAAGCGGAUGCCCGUGGCGUCGCUGUCGACCAACGCCGCGCUGAUGGCGUCCACGGUGCUGGCGAGCCGGCUGCCCAGCACCGGCCAGGUGUUCAGCCUGACGCUGUUCAGCAUCGAGGUCUUCGGCCUGUUCCCCGUCUUCCGCCAGUACGCGCGCCACCGCAGCUGGCGGUACCACGUCGCGCUGACCGUGCUGCUCGUCCUCGGCGCCGGCGCCGGCGUCGGCAUGAUCCUGGGCGACGGGAAGGGCUGGCCGUGGAAGAAGGGGCUCCUGGGCAUGCUGGUCGGCUGUCUGAUCGCCGCCCUGGCCAUGGGCGGGUGCAGCUGGUGGCUGAUAGGGCUGCAGAAGUACAAGAACGAGAUAUACGGGCCCUGGGAUCCGGCGAGGCCCAUUAUAAUAAGUCGGAGGCAUUGGGAUGACGAGUAAGGCUGGUCGUGGUAGUUUUUGCUUUCUUGUGAAAACAAAGCUAUCUAUCCUUCUUCUAUCUUGCGUGUGCUGGAUCCUAGCUAUAAUUGGAGUAUGGAGCAUGUUGAGUGCAUCGGUGUCAAGUCGUCCACUUCCCCCCCCCUCCCCCCCCGCCGAUCUCGUCCCAAGGACUCAUAUUUAUUCGAGUCACCUGCCUAUGGCGAAUGGCGG